AUGAGGGUGCUUGAGAUCUAUACUAGACCUCUGGUUACAAAAGAAAGUGCAUUCCUCUGGAUCGAUUCCUUUCGUCUUGAGAACAUCGACGUCAUCUACGAUUUACGCCUAGAUGACGCGAAAGCUCGAAAGAAAUUGUUCGAUUACCUCGAAGAGAGGCAUCCUGGUGGCGAAUCCAUAUGGCACAGCCUCGUGCAGAAUUUCCACAGCCAUGAUGUAGUCAAAUUUCCAGAGUACGCUACUCGACCACGCUCAAUCGAAACCAUUGUUACCUGGGUAUAUUUCUUCACAGAAGCUCGACAGGGUGUUCUACUGAAGGGGAAGGACUUCGACGCAUUAGUCCUCGAUGAAGUUGUAACAGCGGAGCAAAGGAAACCGAAAAAGAAGAACAAGUCGAGGAAACGUAAAGGUGCCAAAUCGGGGGAGCUGCCAGUUGCUCAAGAGAAGUGCACAUCUCAGGAUCUUCCUGUGUCUCUUGAACAAUCUCCACAGGGGGACGACACGCUAUCGCAAGAGGAGCCUGUAACUCAAGAACAACACACAUCUCCAGAGCAAGCUAUACCCCAGGAAGAGCCCCAUACCAAAAAGCAGCGCUUAUCUCGAGAGCUAUCGACCACGCCUACACCUUGUGCACCUACACCCCUUUCAACGCUGGCAGAGUCGGAGGAGGAGAGCGAGCAGAAGCAGUCAACAAAGCACUUGAAGAAGCAGAGGAAGAAGCAGUCGAGAUGGGAGAAGAAACAUGGCAAGGCAGAAAAAUCCGACGCUACUAAGCAGGCAGCCUCAAUCACAGUGGAGGAGUCUUCGCCAUCCGUUGUCGCGAAGGCCGAUGACGGUGGUGACAGUGUUACUGGAAACGCCGACAUGAAUAGCGACGGUGCUAUUGGCAGCAGUGUUAUCAACGACGGUGGUGACCUUGGUGGCCACCUGUCUGCGGCUGAUUCGGCUCCUAGCGAUGAAGCGCCUACCAAUCAAGAGACGGUUCAAGACCAUCCAAGCAACAGGUACGAAGUUUUGAUGGCCAAGCCGUCGAAGCCCGCUAAGAGGUCAGCCGGAAAGCUAGCAUUUCAUACCGAUAGUGAAGAUGAUAUGAAGAAGGCCAUGGAGGAGAGUCUUCUGAAUGACCCGGGUAGCUGGUCAAAGGUGCAAGGGCGCGCGAAACUGCGACCAAAACAGAAGCAGAAACAGCGCACCGACGAUCGCAAGAGUAUCCAAGAUGCGUACAGAGAGAGAGGCUAUGCAACUGCUGUUACCGAUCCACAGUUGGACAGGGCAAGAGCUGAAGUGAAAUCGAGAGGAGUUCGGGCGGACUAUCUCAGAUCUAAAAUAUCAAGAUUGUCUGCUCUAAUACCAGGUGAGGGUAGCACCGAAUCAAUCAAAGAACACAAGAGCACCGCUCGCGGGCAGCCUACAUCCUGGUCAGCGCUUUUCAAGUCUACGGAGAAUGACAUGGGGCGCAACUCUCCUCAAACAGCCGCUCCGUCUACGAAGGCUCUCGACACGCAACCUCGUACCGCAACUGUCACGGAGAACCGUGAACCCAUUCAGGAAAGUGCACAAUCUGCGAGCCCUCACAUUCUUGCGCAAUCAGAACCACCCGUCAGGCAAGAGGAAUUCAAAGACUUAAAGCCGUCUAAGGUUGUCGCCGGCGCGGCAUCGACUCCCACAUCAGGCACAGAGAACAUCGAGUCAAUCAAGGAGACCGUACGGCCUGUGAGCCAUCACACGGCUAUGCAAUCACAACCGCCAGUUGUUCAAGAGAGUCCCAAGGAUCUGAAGCCGUCGAAGGUCGUUGCGGGCGCAGGAACGACCUCAACAUCAGGCACAGAGAAGAGCGGUUCCAUCAAGGAGACAGUACAGCCUGUGGAUUCUCAAAUAACUGCGCAACAAGGAAGUCCGGCAGAGAAGGGGGUAUCGGGGGACUUUACGCCAUCUCAAGAUGCUGCGGGUGCGGGAUCGAUUUCCACAUCCGGCACAGAGAACAGCGGUCCGAUCAAGGAGACGGUACUGCCUGCAGACCCUCGAGACAUUACGGAUGCGGAACUCCCGGCAGAGAAGGAGAAAUCCAAGGACCUCGCGCCAUGCGACGAUGCUGCUGGUGCAAAAUCAACUGCUGCGCCCAGCGCAAAGAACGAAGGCUUCACCACAGAGAUCGCACAAACUGUCGACCCUCACUCCUUUGCGCAAACAAGGAGACCGAUGGACGAGGAGGCUCCCGAAACUCGCCAUAGGCGUAGGGCCAGCUCGCCGCCAUCUGUGAGUUCUCUCACUCCUUCGCAACCGCAACUGCCGGUGUAUGAAGAGGAGUCCAAGGACUGCAACGUUCAUGAGGACGGUCCGCCGCCACCUGUGAGUCCUCACGCUUCUGCGCAAUCGCAACCGCCAGUUGAUGAAGAGAAAUCCAAGGACUACAACGGCCAUGAGGACCACGCAGAAGCAAUUCCGGAAGAUGAUACCCCAAGCCAGCCUUCAAUCGUGGUCGACUCGACCAUGUCGCAUGUGGAGCAGUGGCUUGCAAGCAAAUAUGCGGCUGCCUUUGCCGGGCUCACGCAAGCGGAAAUAGACAAUGCACACUGGCGACCUCAGCAGUCAACAUCAAUUUAG